AUGCUCCCUCUCCCUCCCCUUGUACCGGCCGGCCAGCUGCAGGUGUCGUCCCCGGCGUCGUCCGGCCUGGCUGCUGCAACGUCUCCGUUCCGCCGCGCCAUGAGCACGGGGGACCUCCUCAUCAGGGACAAGGACAGGGACGACAGGGAGGAAGAGCAACGGCGCAUCGACAAGUACCGGAGCAAGCGCAACCAGCGCAACUUCCAAAAGAAGAUCACGUAUGCUUGCCGGAAGACUCUUGCCGACAGCCGGCCCAGGGUGAAGGGCCGCUUCGCGCGCAACGCCGGCGAUGGCACGGAGGCGGAUCUCCAACCCGCCGCCGCAGCAGCAGCGCCACCUCAGUCAGAGUCAGAGUCGGAGUGGUGGCCGGCAGCGCAGCAUGAGGCCGGCAUGGACCUAGACGAGGACAUGCUUGCCGCUUACCUUGGCGUCUCCUCCAUCAGCCUCUACUCCCCCUCGGCCUCUACUACUCUGCCUCACCAUCACUACAGCUACCAGCCCUAGAUCGACGAUUUGCAACGAUUAAUUACUUCUCAUUAA